AUGACCGUCUCCGAGCUCCUCGCCUCCCUCAACAGGGCGGCCGACUCACCUGCAAUCUUGACGGAGGAUGAACGAAAAGAAAUUCUAGCUACCUGCGACACAUUGAGAACGAAGCUGGAAAAUCCUAUGGAAGCAACAAUCCGAUAUGUCCUUUCGCCUAUUCAGGCGGUAGCACUUGAGCUAGCAGUAGACAUGAAGCUUUUCGAUAUAGCGGCUUCGCUGUCUCCUGAUAAGAAAGGGUUUGGAAUUGAUGAUCUUGUUUCGAGGAUGGAUAAGGAAGCUGAUCCAACCCUCGUUGUUCGAGUCGUGAGAUUCAUGGUAGUCAUGGGGAUUUUCAAGGAGGUAGGGCCAGGUCAAUACACAUCGGCUCCAUUAGCUGGCGCUUAUGUUUCAACUUCUCCACUGUCUCAAUGCGUCAUUCACAUGAACUCCCAAAGUAAAGUCAUCACCAGUUUAAACGCGUACUUCGAAGAAAAUGGGUAUAAAAGCCCUGGAGAUGCCUACAAUGGCCCUUUCCAGUAUGCGCGCAACACGAAGUUGCAUUGUUUCGACUGGCUUGCAACUCAGCCACGACUCCAAAACGCAUUCAACGUUGUGAUGACUAUACCACGAGGUGGAAAAGGGCCGAAAUGGUUUGAAAUCUUCCCCACUUCGUCAAAACUACAGGUGAAGUCGCCAGAAGAUGUCCUCCUCGUGGACAUCGGUGGUGGCAUCGGGCAUGACCUUAUCGCCUUCAAAAAGCAUUUCCCGGAUUCCCCAGGCACUCUCAUCGUCCAAGACAUCCCCGUGGUUGUAGACAGCACCGAAAACCUACCUUCCGGGAUCCAAGCCAUGAAACACGAUAUGUUCACACCGCAGCCUAUCAAGAGCGCAAAAGCUUAUUAUUUGGCGAAUGUUCUGCACGAUUGGCCGGACAAGCAAGCUUUGAAGAUCCUCGGGAACAUCAAAGAGGCGAUGAAUGAGGACUCAAUUUUGCUGAUUAGCGAGAAUGUGCUUCCGGAUUGGAAUGUCCCCCUUGCUUCUGCCUAUGCAGAUUUUGUCAUGAUGGCAAACUUCUCGGCCUUGGAGAGGACAGAGGAGCAGUUUAAGGCGUUGCUGGAGAACGCGGGGUUUGAAUUGGUCAAGGCCUGGGCUGCGGAUGAUGCGCCAAAGAGUGAUGGACGGAGAUUGUUGGAGGCGGUUCCAAGGAAGUAG